AGCGCUUGUAGCCUCGGAGAGAUAUCUGUGCUUGGCGUAAAAACUGGAAGGACAGAAGUACCUUUUUACAAUGAAGUGUACUGGGUUGUCGGAGUGCCAGCGCCUACAGUUCUUGUUGGAGAACGCACUUCUUGUGGAAGCAAGCAAAUGGAAGGUCCCAUGUUUUUUAGAUUCAACUAUCAAGGGCACAGAUAUUUCUCUGAUGCAGUAUGAGCAAGUAGUUCUUUGGAUGGAAGAACUGAGGUCAAGAUUCCAAUUUUAUCCUGAAACUUUCGGCUUGGCUGCUAGUAUUCUCAAUCGUAUCUUAGCAACUGUAAAGGUCCAGGUGAAGUAUCUUCGAUGUAUUGCCAUCACGUGCUUAUAUCUUGCUGCCAAAACCAAUGAAGAGGAUGAGGUAAUCCCAUCAGUGAAGAAGCUUGCAGUGCAGAGUGGCUGCCUGUACUCAUCUGCUGAAAUUUUAAGGAUGGAAAGAAUCAUACUGGAUAAACUACAGUGGGAUCUGUACAUGGCCACACCGGUGGACUUCCUGAACAUAGUAAGGAUAGCAAAAUGAUUUGAGCAUGAUGUAAACAAGAGAUUUGUAUGCACAAGCCUGCUACAGAGCAUCUAGACUGGAGAAGCUAUUGCAAGCCAUUGACCUGUAUGGACAAAGAAAACUAUUGCCUAUCUUUUUUUUUUUUAAUUAAGAAAACAAACUAUUCUUUCACUUUAAAAUUCUAAACAAUUUUUCAAAAAUAUUUAACUUUUUUCAUUUCAACAACACUGUACAUAGAAAGCUUCAGGAUUUUGAUACAUUGUUCACCUGUCACAAAUAAAACUUCUGGUUUUAACAAAAGUGAAGCUCAUGUGACAUUAAUCUGGCACUUGUAUCACAUGAGCGUGGAAGGUCAAGGAGUACCUGUUACCCUUCUCUGUUGAAAACACUUGCUAACAGAAAAGAAAAAUAUUUCUUAGUAUUAUUAUUACUAUUACAAUGUUAAGGCAAAAACUGUAUGGUACUGGGACAUUACUAAGCCUUUUCACAGCAACAAAACAAAUCUACACGCAUCGUCUGCUGUCAGUUAUUAUUUCUUAACAACAGAAUACAGACUACUUAUUCAGCGUCCAGCGGAAGUUUACCCUGAUACAUCUAAUCGUAAAGCUUUU